AUGUCGACUGAGCCUGAACCAACCAUGAACUCAAAUCCAGAGCCUGGACCCCACUGGCCGAGCGCAUUUGAAACCUGGGGAAAAGCCUGGGACCUACACAUUUACUUGUUUGCAGUGCUGUACUUGUUGACUGCUGGAACGUCUGCCAGUGCGCUCGUUUAUGAUGUCAUUGCCAAUCACGGGAUAAAAGGACUGAAGCUGACUCUGUAUCUGACAUUGCUAUUUAUUGGUCGUUCAAGAGCUUUUAUUUUAUUUUUCGAUCCAUAUAGCUCGCGAGGAAUCCUGGGCCUGCUCACUACUUACAUCACGUGGUCUUUAGGCCUUCCGUGCGUCCUUGCGGCUCUCUGUCUUCUGCUUCUCGUGUUUGUAGACGCGACAAAGAUGAAUCUUGCGCCUCCGCGCUUUCAGAAAUUAUCCACCGUAAUGGGUGCGAUGGUUUUCAACAUUCUCAUCGUUAUCACAACAGAUCUUAUUUUCCUUCUCACCAGCAAAGGCUUCAUUUUGCUAAUACUUUGUUACGUUUAUUUUCUACUUCUUGGCCUGAUACUUACCGCCGGAUUCCUUCGAAUCGGAUGUCAGAUUUCCAACAACACGGCGGCACAAAUUUACGGCAAUGGAGGCCUUUCAAGGCUUCGUAUCCUCGCUUUCAUCUCUGCUACUCUCAACGUGCUCUUUCUUGGUGUCCAGACCUACUCGGUUAUCCAAUCUGACGUCCUAUCGGAAAUCCCCCGCGCAUGGCCCUGGUACGCUGUACAGACCCUACUGCGGGCGCUUGAAGUGAGCAUGUGUUUUGUGAUGAUGGCUAUUGUGUUUAAUAACAGAUUCAGUUCAUUCUUAUUUUGUUGUAAAAAAUUUCUCCCAAAACGAUUUAACAAUACUGUUUCACCUUUGCCACCAGGUUUUGCAAAGGUGUAA